AUGAAUGAAACCUUUGAAGCCAAGCUCGUAACUGUUGGUGCAACCAAUACAGGAAAAACAUGUUUAUUGAUAAAAUUAGCUACAGAUUCAUUUGAAGAGAAUACAAAGCAAUCCGUUGGUGGUUCAUUUUUAAAUUAUCAUUUUACCAAAGAUUCUACGAAUUUUACCCUAAAAUUAUGGGAUACAGCCGGACAAGAGCGCUAUAGAAGUGUUAACACUAUGUAUUAUGUUAAUGCACAAGUUUUUUGUUUAGUAUUUUCACUAACAGAUCCAUAUUCAUUUGAUGAUAUUCCUAAUUUAUACAACGAAGUCAAAGAAUAUGCCGAAUCGUCCAUAAUUUAUUUAAUUGGGUGUAAAGCUGAUUUGUCAGAGGAUAGAAGAGUUAAAUCUGAACUUGCAUAUGAGUUAUCUAAAACAAUAAAUGCAUUAUACUUCGAAGUGUCAUCUAAAACUGGCCAAGGCUUUUACGAAUUUAAAGAUCAACUGAAUUUUGAUAUUAAUCAAAAGUAUCAAGCCAUUAAAAAAGAAAACGAAGAUGACAUUAAGCCUAUUAGGCUUACAGAUAGCGAAAAAGGGGAAAAUUCAUGUAAUUGUUAA